UUCCCACAAACCCCCCCAACCUUCCCUGCGCGCGUGCGCGUCGCGGCCGCGCCUGCGCAGUGUGGCCGGGUCAGCCGGCAGGGUCACCCUGAGGGUGCGACUUCGCUGCGAUGGUGACCCGGUUCCUGGGCCCGCGCUACCGGCAGAUGGUCAAGAACUGGAUCCCGACGGCCUACACGUGGGGCUCUGUGGGCGCCGUGGGGCUGGUGUGGGCCACUGAUUGGCGGCUGAUCCUGGACUGGGUACCUUACAUCAAUGGCAAGUUUAAGAAGGAUAAUUAAUUACACAAACCCGUCACAGACCCCUCUGGUGCCUGGUGGCGCCAGCUCCUCCCACCUCAGCGUCUGCUGCAUCUGGAGCAGCCCAAGCCUCAGGAUGGACAAGAGGAAAUCCACAGCUCAACUUCAGAUUUCUUAUGUUUCUGAAAACAGCUUGGAUAUUUUAAUGCACGUUGCAUUAAACCUCACUGAAACCUG